CAGCUAAAAUAGCAGCAAGAAAAGCCAUCAUCAACCCGAAGAAUAGCGAUCAACAAUGUUUCAAGUGAGCAAUCCUUGCCAAACAUGUGCAAGGAGCAAAUCCUCAAUUAAUCAAUUAUAGGUAUCAUCAGCUCGUUGAAAAAUACAAUUUCAACAGAAUAUCUUUCACCACCAUCAAUCAAAUUGACCGUUCUGAGAGGGAUAAUCCGAGUGUAACUGUCAAUAUAUAUAUGGGAUGGAUUCCAAAUGUAUUAUUAAUCCAAGACAUGUUGGAAAAGUAAUGAAGGAGGAUCAUUUCUAUUCACUUCUCCUCCAUGACAAUGAUAGUAGUGAAGCCACCACCACCACUCAGGACAUCAGUGAAGCCGUCACCAAUCAUGAAGGAGAAGAAGAGGAAAAUAUCAAUAGUCACUACUGCUACAUCAAGAACUUUGAAAAACUUAUAAGAUUUCAACUCACUAAAAACACACAAUGCAUCAUCAUUUGUCACAGGUGCUUUACACACUACACCAUCAACAAUAAUGGGGAGCAGAGGAUGAAAGAUCAUGAGGUGUACUGCUCCAACAACCAGACUGCUAGAAUCAUCAUGCCUCAACUCAAGGAAGACGGAAGCCCACCAACAAUGAAAUUUGAGAAACAUUUGAAUAAAUUUAGACUACCAUUGGUGGCAUAUGCAGAUUCUGAAUGUCUGCUGGAGAAGCCCGAGGAAGAGCAGCAAUAUAUUGGGAAGGCAACCAGAGUGAUCCAGCGUCACACAGCAAUAAGUUAUUGCCGCUACUUUGUUAGAGAUAAGAACUUAUUUCCAUUGUGGCUGUCAAUCACUAACGUCAUCCCUCAGGAGCCAAUCAUUUAUAGAGGACCUGAUGCAGCCUAACACUUCAUCAAAACUCUGACCAUGCAUGCGAGAGAUCCAGAUGAGGUAAUCAAUCAUCAUCAAAUAAAGAUGCAAUGCACUUUGCUGUACAUGUCAGAAUGCUUUUGUGAUGUGCUAAACUUCUCUCUGUAGUGUACGUGGGAAAAUGCACAAUCUCUCACUCAACCUAAAACAGAAAGAGAGAGAAACGAAGGAGUAUAUAAGUAGCACUCAAUGGAUUCAUCAGCUACAUUUGUGUAUCACACAUCCACUCAUAUCAACAUGCAUCCAACAUCAAAAUCAUCUACUCCCGAGUACAUCCUACCGGACACACCACUUACUCCUCCUCAACCUAGCUUCUCGAUAUACUGGACAGUUCGAGCUGGUGCUCCCGCUGCUGCUUCUGCUGGUCCCUCUGCUGCACCUCUGGAGGAGCACUCCCCAUUGAGAAGACAGGGGGUCUUUGUCCAGAGAGAUCGGUCAGAGGAGAUCAUUGUUCCGGACACACCGCCGCCCCAAACAAGACCUAUAGAUUGGGCACCACACCGCGUGCCCCUCCACAACAUAACCAACCAGCAGUGGCUUCUCAAGAGGAAGCUGUUCGAGGAGGUGGUUAGCUGUGAGGAGGAGGAGGAUAGUAUUACACAAUAUAAGAAACAACGUGCAUAUGAAGGUGAGAACUCCACCCUCACACCAAUACUGCAACAAGCAGCUCAAGAGGAGGAGGGCCUCCACUUCAGUAGGCUUAUAAAUAAGCCUACAGCCAAAUCCUGGGUUCCUCUGAGGAAAUUGGAGGAACACCUCCCACACUCAAUCCUCUCUGCAACAGAGGAGACAAAUAGACAUGGACGAAGAAUAAUACUUAAAAUAUGGAAAGCGUCUACGAAAACUGAAUGCGAAAUAUAUUUGCCACAACGAUUUGCGUUGAUCAUCCCAUCCGCCAAAAUUGAAAAAUUAAAUGAAAAUUGUACAGAAAUGUGUCUUGUAGUAAAACAUAUGACACCGAGGAGGAGUGAUAUUAAGAUUAUUAAAGCCCAAAGUUUUAAUAAUCUUAAUGUCAUAUCAUCCCGAUGUUAUAUGUUUUACAUGUAGUUUGUUGUAAAUAUUGUAGUAGUGGUAGUAAAUUGUAGUAAUAAAUUGUAAUUGUUUUGUGAAAAUUGUUUUUAAUUCUUACCUGUUUGUUGUAUCAAAGAAGUAGAAGAUGUAGAAUAGUACACUGUUCACACAAGAAUAGAUCCUCUUGUAACUGAGCACUCGAUGAGUGUACGGUUACAAGAGAAUCUAUUUUAUAGUAGCUGCUUGCGCGCAUGUGCAUGCACCACAUGUUGCUCUCAACCUUGUUGCAGCAUUCUCUCUCAUCUGUUAGCGACGCUCACUGUAGAUAGCAAUCUAUUUUUAUCAGUAUGCUUACAACACUUGAAGGGAGAAGUUGUACAGUGAAGAUAAUCAUCUGGAGAAUAGUAUUUGUUCUUCUCUUUAUAAUAUGUUGUGUGAAUAUGCUAUUACUUUUCCAUAUUGCUUUGAAAAAAUAUGAUUCAAUGCAAAAUGAUAGUAAGAGAAUAUUGGAAUCUGUACAAAAUAAGAUUAGGGAUUCGGAAACACCACAAUUGAUGCAGGAAUCUCUGGCAGUAAGAAAUCAUACAUUAUCUUAUAUCAAAGCAUGUGUCAAUUCAUCAGACGCUUCUCUCAAUUGGUAUAGAUUUAUGAUUGAUGAAUAUUCAAUUCUUUGCCAUUUCUACAAAACUUACAACAUACUUAACAAGUGUGUUAAUAAGACACUUGAUGAUUGUGAAAUUUAGUCUUAGAAAAGAGUGGACUGUAUAAAUAGGAGAGAAUAAAUCAAAUUCUGAAAAAAGAGAAACAAUGUGUCUUGACUGAUUUGACACCUGACUGAAAUUCCACAUGAGUGCAAGAACCGUUGUGCAUUCAAAAACCUGUGCACUGGAAUGAAUGCAAAACAGUUUUAGGCAACUGUAAAAUCUGACAAAGCAUUUAUUGUAACAGUUCCACUUGUUACUCGUUCCGCUACUAUGUAGACACCAUGUCAUCAUUUUCCGUCUGCGCUGUCUGGUGACGUCACAGUCACGGUUCUACGGCACUGCUAUUAUCAAGUUGGUUUCCUAUAUUAUUCGUCGUGUUAUUUGUCGUUUCAAUUUUAAUAUUUGUACUAUUCGAUUUUUUGGAAUUUAUUUUGUCUUUAGGCAUCUUACUUUCUAGAUAUUUGCUACCUUUUCACCAAACGUUUGUAAACGUUUUACUUAUGUUUCAAACACAUCCGGCAUGUCCCUUUUUCAGCCGAGCAUUAGCUGUUUCCUUGUCUUUCAAUGGAGUCUAGUCGGUGAGUACACAUCUCACUCCCGGUCUAAACUUUUCAUCCAAAUUCAUCU